AUGGCCGGCCGGGGCUGCGGCUGCGGCCCGGGCCACCUGAACGAGGACAACGCGCGCUUCCUGCUGCUCGCGGCGCUCAUCGCGCUGUACCUGCUGGGCGGCGCCGCCGUCUUCUCGGCGCUGGAGCUGGCGCACGAGCGCCAGGCCAAGCAGCGCUGGGAGGAGCGCCUGGCCGGCUUCAGCCGCCGCCACAACCUGAGCCGCGAGGAGCUGCGCGGCUUCCUCCGCCACUACGAGGAGGCGACGGAGGCCGGCAUCCGCGUGGACAGCACCCGUCCGCGCUGGGACUUCACGGGCGCCUUCUACUUCGUGGGCACCGUGGUGUCCACCAUAGGGUUUGGGAUGACGACUCCGGCGACAGUAGGAGGAAAAAUCUUUCUGAUCUUUUACGGCCUCCUUGGGUGCGCAAGCACCAUCUUGUUCUUCAACCUGUUCCUGGAGCGACUGAUCACCGUCAUCGCCUACAUCAUGAAGUCGUGCCACCAGCGGCAGCUGCGGCGACGCAGGGCCCUGCCCCAGGACAGCCUGAAGAACCUGGGCAGGUCCGAGGCGGACGGCCUGACCGGCUGGAAGCCCUCCGUGUACUACGUGAUGCUGAUCCUGUGCCUGGCCUCCCUGCUCAUCUCCUGCUGCGCCUCGGCCAUGUAUGCCUCCGUCGAAGGCUGGAGCUACUUCGACUCGCUCUACUUCUGCUUCGUGGCCUUCAGCACCAUCGGCUUCGGGGACCUGGUCAGCAGCCAGAACGCCCAGUACGAGAGCCAAGGCCUCUACCGCUUCGCCAACUUUGCCUUCAUCCUCAUGGGCGUCUGCUGCAUCUACUCCCUGUUCAAUGUCAUCUCCAUCCUCAUCAAACAGUCCGUGAACUGGAUCCUGAGGAAGGUGGGCGGUGGCUGCUGCCGGCGGUGCCAGGGUGGGCUCCCGCGGUCCCGGAGGAACGUGAUCAUGCCGGGCAGCGUCCAGAACCCGGGCAGCGUCUCCAUAGAAACCGAUGGGGUGAUGGAGAGCGACACGGACGGGCGGAGUCCCUCGGGGGAGGGCAUCUCCGAGAAGGACUGCCCGGCAGCCAGCAAGGCCUCGCUGCCCAUGCUGCAGAAGCAGCUGCCCGAGGCGGCCAACGGCUGCCCCCACCAGACCGGCUCGCUGCAUCGGGACAGUGAGUUCUCGGCGGGGGUGGGGGCCUUCGCGAUAAUGAACAACAGGCUGGCAGAGACGAGUGGGGACAGGUAGGACAGAGGAGGCCGAGGGGACAGUGGCCGAGGAGGGGACGGUCGCCCGGCCCAGCUCUGCGCCUGGCCGGGUUCCUUCUGGAGCUCCUCCUCCGGGCUCCUUUGACCCCGGCUCCAGACACCGGGUCUCCCAGGCUGCGCUCCGACGAGCGGCCAGCCUUGCGGGCUGUGGGAAGCCGGAGCCGCAGCCACCGGG